AUGGCGCGCGCGCUGGAUGAGGCGAAGGCGCGGCAAACGGGGGUGAGCGACGCCGGCGCGGAGAUUCUGCGCGGCGUCUUCGAACUCGAACGACGACCCGACGCGGCGACGCGACGGAGGCUGGCGAAACAGAUCGGUACGACGGAACAAGCGGUGAACGCGUGGUUUCGAAGCCGCAGGGCGAAGAUGAAACGCGAUCGAUUGCGAAGGGUGCUGCUGGUGGUGCUGUUGCUCGUCGGCGCGGCGGGCUUGGCGUUUUACGCGUGGAAUACGUUUCAUCAGACGGCGGCGGCGAAACGACGGAUGGAGGCGCUCGGGAAGAAUUAUAAGUGGAUGACGAGGAGCGGGUUGCCGAGACCGUACGCGGAUAAGAUGCAAAGGGAGAGGUAUGGGAAGAAGAAAUUGACGUAUGAAAAGGAAAAAAUUAUCACGCUCGGCGGAAAGGAGGACGAGCGUGUGGUGCGGUACACGAAAGAAAAUCCAAAAUCGUCGCCUUUGACCAAGGCACCGGAGACACCGAGGCAGAAAUUAGAGCGCAUACGCGCGGAGGCGUCGAAGAAGGCGAGUAAGGGACGAAUCGCGCCCAGGGCGCAACCGAAUACUUUGCGAGAACCGCAAAAGUCGUAG